AUGGCGGGGCUGGCGCUGCUCCUCUGCCUGCUGCGACCGGGCAGUGCCGCCCUCCCGGCGCCUGCAGGCACCCGGCCGCGGGAGGAGGGCGGCGGCGGCCGGGAACAAGAGGAAGCGGCGGCGGCGGCUCUGCGGGAAAGCGUUAAAAGAAUUAGAUUAUUGAAUUCAUUAUCAAAAGAUAAUAUGACUGCUGUCUAUGGAAUAAAUCAGUUUUCUCACCUGUUUCCUGAAGCGUUCAAAGCUAUUUACUUGAGAAGCAUACCUCACAAACUUCCCAGAUACGUAAAAGUACCAAAGGGGAAGGAAAGGCCUCUGCCAAAGAAGUUUGACUGGAGGGACAAGAAAGUCAUUGCAGAAGUGAGAAAUCAGCAGACAUGUGGAGGCUGCUGGGCUUUCAGCAUUGUAGGUGGCAUAGAGUCUGCCUAUGCAAUUAAAAGAAACACCCUGGAAGAGCUCAGUGUGCAGCAAGUUCUUGACUGCUCAUACAAUAACUAUGGCUGCAGCGGAGGAUCCACUGUUAGCGCUUUGAGCUGGCUGAACCAGACAAAAGUAAAACUCGUGAGAGAUUCAGAAUACACUUUUAAAGCUCAGACAGGACUGUGCCAUUAUUUUGAGAGCUCAUAUUUUGGAGUUUCAAUAACAGGAUUUGCUGCAUAUGACUUCAGUGGUCAAGAAGAGGAAAUGAUGAGGAUGCUUGUCAGCUGGGGCCCUUUAGCAGUGACAGUCGAUGCUGUUAGCUGGCAGGAUUAUCUUGGUGGAAUCAUACAAUAUCACUGCUCCAGUGGAAGAGCAAACCAUGCUGUUCUUAUCACUGGUUUUGACAGAACAGGUCGCAUUCCUUACUGGAUUGUACAGAACUCUUGGGGGCCAACAUGGGGAAUAGAUGGCUAUGUUCGUGUUAAGAUAGGCAGCAAUGUCUGUGGUAUAGCAGAAACAGUUUCAGCAGUAUUUGUUUGACAUUUCUCUGGGCAUCUACAACUGGUCAAAGACCACAAGUAUGAUGAGGACAGACACUGUAUAUGAAGAUGUAAUUCAAAACACCGUUUUCGAAUAUAAGAAAUGGCUGUAAAGGCAAUUCCUGCGACUCGUGGCUGAAGUUUUUAAUUUUUUUUUAAUUUGGAAUUUGUGUUGAAUGCCAAAUUUCUCAUAGAGUAAGAAGACUCAACUGCAGAGUGUACAAAUAGUAGUUACAAAGAUGGAUGAAGUCUCAAAUGAAAGCUUUAUUCAGGUGUUGAAUACUACUCCAUAGAAAAAUCUUGAAAGAAAGGAUGACAAAUAAGAAGGAAUUUGGAUCAAAAAAUCAAUAGUAUAAGAGUAUAUUUGAAAUAAUUUGAAUAUGAGAAGAAUCAUGAGUAACAGUUUAGAAAGUCAGCAAUUACAGAAUAUAUCCAAUAGAGUGAGUGUUAAAUUUCCCUCAUUAAUUGAAUUCAGAGGUGGGACUUGCUGGUAAUAAAAAGGUGUUCCAGCUUUGCUGAGCUGUGAAACUGCAACUGUGGGAAAAUUUAACUAGAACUCACAAUGAAACAUGUAAUUCUAAAGUGCUCUGAAUUUUUCACCUGGAAUGCUUUACCUGUGUCUUUUAAGAAGACCUGCUAUGAAAAGAGUUGAAGCCAUU